CGUUCUGACGUCGCCGAUUCAACGAAGAAGACGUUAACGUCAACAAAGACUUCUCAGAGUGGCCGCGUUUCCCGCGUUAGAAAAUCACACUCGCCUGAUGAUGCGUGCUCGGUAACGCCGGAGCGCUUUUCCUGGCGUCUGCCUCGACAUACAGACUGAAGGCCGACUCUUCACCUACUCCCCACGGUUUCGGCCAUGUCGGUUGCCGCGGAUUUCCACUCCCAGAUCGCCUCCAUCAUGGAGGUGUUGGCCAACGCGGCCGUCGCUGAGAUCUGCAAAGUUGUGGACGACGGAUACGCGGAGGUUCACCUAGAAAUGUCCCGGAGCCAGACGGAGAACGAGUUCCUGCGGAGGAAGGUCAAGCUGCUGGAGCUGCAGGUCGCCCGGUUCCGAGCGGAGAGAGUCAAGGGAGGGGAGUGCUCCGUCAGCCGCUUCGCCGGGGUCCGUCUGCUCCACCGGCACAGCAAGGACCCGCUGGGCGGCGCCUCCCUGCAGGCCAAGACCAGGUUCCUGACCCGAGAUGCAGGGGUUAAGCGUUCUGUCAGACCAGACCAGGGUGUGGAUCAGGAGGUUGUCACCACCACGAAAACAGAGUCAGCAGAACCAGAGGAGGAGCUGCUGAUCGUCAAGGUGGAGGGAGCGAUGGACACGGCCGGCACACACCACACGCCACCGCUUGACUCCAGCGGCGGCACAGGGGGAGACGCGUUGGCCGCCUUGGAGAACGCCAGCCCCGGCCAGCCCGCCGGGUGCCGCAGCGAAACGGAGGGCCAAAAAAACGUGAAAAACACAAGCAAUCCUCAGAGCCAGGACCAAGCGAUGGAAGAAGUCAAAGAGCAGCAUGGUCUCUCCCACACCCUGCUGGACCGGCAGGAGAGCAGCCACUCUGAAGAUGUGGAACUGAUGCCUUGUUCCACACACGCACCCCAGAGAGAAGAAGGAAAAGCAUCAUUCAACCCGACUCUGACAAACUCCACCUCCAAGUCCUGCACUGCCUUAACAGUGCACCAGGAGAGUUCUGGGUCUACACGUGAUGUCACGCGUGUUUCAGGGAACAGCUGCAGGGUCAGGCUAUUGUCUGAACAAGGGGGAGGUGAUGAAUCUGGUGAAGUGAUGCCUCUCAGCAGCAUGAGGUCACAGUAUCAGUUGCCCACGUGUGUUCGGAUCAGUGAGCCGCUCACUGACGUGGUGUUGGACAAUAAACACAACUCUGCCUUUAACAACCCCACAGCAGACUCCUGCUCCCUGCAGACCCAGCAUCAGGUGGACAAUCAGAGCUAUGGUCAUCAGGCAUCCAGCUGUCAGAAGCAGGCAUCUGGGGCAGCACAGCACCAGCAGCAGCAGACUUCUCUUCCCUUUGCCUGCACCUUCUGUCCACGCCGCUAUGCCCACCAGUGUCAUCUACGCAUCCAUGAGCGUGUCCACACAGGGGAGAAGCCGUACCAGUGCUCCCAGUGUGGGAAGAGCUUUGGGCAGUUCUGCAGCCUCAAGCGCCACCAAAUGGUCCACACAGGGGAGCGGCCCUUUCCCUGCCCCCAUUGUGGAAAGCAGUUCUCCACCUCCAACAACCUGAAGGUCCACCAGAGCGUCCACACCGGGGAGAAGAGGUUUCACUGUUCCAAGUGUGGGAAGAACUUCUCCUUCCACAGCAACCUGAUACGGCACCAGGCCCUGCACUCUGUCAGGUAGAGCAGGUGCAGCUGUGUGUGUCUGACUGGUUCUUAUUUAACAUCAGAACCAUGUUCUUCAACACAUUCAAGUGGUUCUGGUUUCAGACUGUUUUCAGGAGUAAUGUCUGAUUUUCAAACAUUACUCCUCAAUCAGUUGUAUUUGAAGGAUGGUCAUUAUUAAUAAAAAUGCAUGUCUGUAUAUAUAAUA